ACCGGAUCCAGUGGGAGGUGUUCCUGCCCGUGGCAGGGGUUGGAACUGGACAGGCUUUAAGGUUUCUUCCAACCCAAACCAUUCUAUGAUCUGCAUACAGCAAAGUGGUGUGUCCCUGGCACCGGAGCAUCGGAAGGGGAUCCUGUGACCCCUGGUGUGGAGCUGGGAGGCGUCUCCCUGUGAGUACCCAGCUGGAACCGGAGUGUAACGGGGAGGUAAUGUGGGUGCUUCUGUUCCCACAGGUUCGGAGCGGAGGUGACGGCCUGCAGCGCUGGCACCUCUCCCAUGCUGGCUCAGGCCUGUGACACAUGAGAGCGAGUCAGGAGUCUCAUUACCUGGCACGUUUCUCUGCUGUAUCUCUGCUAAUUACCUCCAGCUGCCAGUGUUCAAACAAGACUGGGGCUCUUCUGCCCAUCCCCUCUUGCCAGUCGUGCCGCGAUGCUGUCCCAGUGUCCCCCUGAUGUCAUGUUCUGCUCUGGCAGCAGCGCCAUCCCAGCCCUGUGCUGCUGCUGCAGGGUGGGAAGGAGCACUGGGGAAAAGCACUCCUGUUGCAACACGUCCUGGCAGCGCCGACAGGUCCCAGACGAGCACAUUAUGAGCCGUCUCUGAUCUUGUUUCGAUGGGAAAGGUACAGGCCAAAUGGGUUUGCUGGGAUUCAUUCCAGUCUGCGGGGCGUCCCGGCUUGGUGGGACUGAAAGAGGAAUUGCUGGAUGUUGGCUCACCUUUGUGAGGCCUCAGGCUCGGUCUGGAGCAGAAUAACACCAGGAUAGUGCUUUUCCAGGAGGCAGGAGCAAGGUGGCUUCCCCGUGAGGUGGACAAGGAUGUGUUGAGUCAGGGCGGGUUCAAGUUCGUGCCGUUCCUUGGCUCCAUGGAGCUUUGGCAGAUGCCACCUGAGAACCUGAAAUCUCGAGUGGCCUAGAAAACACCAGAAGUCAGAGGAACAUCUUCCCAGGGAGUGUGUCUAUAGUUGAGGAGCUUCUCACUUGGUAGAAGAGCUCCUUUUAAUGAAAAGGCGUUUCAUUUAUUUAUUUUCCUGAACCGCAGAGAGGCUGGUGGUUUGCUCGAGGGCAGGGGAGCAGUGCUGCUGGUCUGAUUUCCCUGCUCUCCGUCCUCUGCUGUGACAGGGAGUGGGAAUGUCCCUCACGUGAGGAUAGACCUGGCCUUACUCCGUCCUCCGUGUAAAGUGAAUCAUAGUUUAUCUGGUGGCGAGUGAGUCUCAGGAGGGAUCUGGAUUUUAAUUCCUGAUGUAAACCACUCCAGAGGCUGUGGGCACCUGGGUUGUAAAGAAGGAAACUUUCACUGUCGUGGUGAAUGUGUCCGUGACCUCUCUGGUCACAUCCCCUGGAGGUCAGGGACCAGAAGUUGAAAGCUUCAGGUGUGAAACUGUACUAUUCUUGCCUGGUGUUGGUACUGAGGUCACCUUUGGUGGUUAAGGAACAGGUUUUCCUGGUGGAAGGACAUCUGCAGCUCGCAGAGGGGCCUUUAUCCCCUGCCUCUCCGGCUGCCUUAAGCACCCGAAACUCCUGGAGUGGUGAGCGAGGCCUCCAGUCAUCACAUUCCUAUUCCCUGAGCCGGUGCUGCCGGGAUGACCCUACCUGUGCUGCUGUCAGAGGCACGAGCUUGCCAGGGGCCCGUCCUGUGAUCACCAGGUGAUUCAGGUUCUCUUUCUUGUCCGCGCUUCCUCCGUGCUCAGUCUGCGAUACCGACCAGAGUGGCCAGACUCUACAGAGCUGCGGUGGUGAAGCGCUGAGAGCCGUUCCGGGCAUGAGUGACCAAGUUUACUCCCAGCACUGAGCAGCUGGAGCCAUCAGGAGCCAGGCCAGGAUGCCGAUCCCUCCUCCCCCGCCACCGCUGGGCCCCCCGCCACCUCCCACCUUCAGCCAGGCAAACACAGAGCUGCCGAAACUGAGCCGAGAGGAGCAGCGGGGCCGUGGGGCCCUCCUGCAGGACAUCUGUAAAGGGACCAAGCUAAAGAAAGUGACACAAAUCAAUGACCGAAGCGCACCGAUCCUAGAGAAGCCCAAGGGCAGUGGUGGUGGAAGCUACGGCUCUGGCUCGGCUGCGAUCCAGCCAAAGGGCGGCCUCUUCCAAGGCGGUGUGCCCAAGCUCAGACCCGUGGGAGCGAAGGAGAGCUCAGACAGCUCCAGUAAGCAAAACCUGCAAGUCCCCGGCUCCAGAGCUGCUGCUCCCAGGCCCCCGGUGCCGCCCAGCAACACCCGACCUCAAGAUGAUGUCGACAAUAGCCGGGCCUCUCCACCAGAGCUGCCGCGCGCGCAGAGACCCUCCCUGCCGGACCUUUCCCGGCCCAGCACCGCCGGUGGCACCGGCAUGAAGCACAGCUCGUCUGCCCCGCCACCCCCGCCACCAGGACGCCGUGCUGCCGCCCCUCCUGCUCCUCCUCCAGCGCACGGCGCCAAAGUGGCUUCCUACAACCGGGAGAAGCCCCUGCCGCCCACCCCGGGACAGCGACUGCCCGUGAGCCGGGACGGACCCCCAGCCCCGCCACCCAUCAAGCCCCCUCCUUCCCCAGUCAGUAUCCGAACGGGAUCAGGGGCGCAGGGCCAGUCUCUUGCCCCACCACCACCCCCUUAUCGGCAGCCCCCCGGCGUCCCCAACGGCCCUUCCAGCCCCGUCAACGAGUCCGCCCCGGAGCUGCCGCAGAGACACAACUCCCUGCACAGGAAGACGCCAGGCCCUUUGCGGGGUCUGGCACCGCCGCCGCCUGCUUCAGCCUCCCCGUCUCUCCAGAGCAGUCGCCCCCCUCCGCCGGCACGAGACCCUCCCAGCCGCGGAGCAGCCCCACCACCCCCUCCACCAAUGCUGCGAAAUGGGGGGCGCGAUGCCCCUCCACCCCCUCCACCCUACAGACUGCACGGCUCCACCGAGCCCCCGAGCAGAGGGAAACCACCACCACCGCCAACCAGGACACCGGCCGGGCCACCACCGCCACCUCCGCCGGUGCGGAAUGGGCACCGGGACGCCAUCUCCACCGUCAGAGCAUUCCUGGAUGACUUUGAAUCCAAAUACUCCUUUCAUCCCGUCGAAGACUUCCCAGCCCCAGAAGAAUAUAAAUACUUCCAGAGAAUCUACCCCAGCAAAACAAACAGAGCGAUGCGUGGGGCCCCACCUCUGCCCCCCAUCCCCAGGUGAAAACGGGCUGCCCAGGCGGAUUGUUCCUGAGCAGAGACACGGACCUCCUUCCCCUUCCUCCGAUGGACCCUCCCCACCUCCCUGCCCCCCAGGAUCCUGCAUGAGAAAUUCCCAGCGUCCUUGGUUUUCCCAGCUACGCCAGGACAAGCCGAUGCCCCCAGCCCAGCGCUCUCCGCCAGCCCACCCUCAUCUAUGCAUCUCCCCUGGGAUUCGCUGACCGUGAUGGCAAACCCGCACGCGUCCUUUCCUCCUUGCUCAUCGCAGAGCCCGGAUCGGGCCGGGAAUGCCGCAUUCAGCCACAGCCUGGGAGCCAGGCACGAGGACUUGGGGCAGACACCGAGCCGUGUGUGGCCGGCUGUUGGGACUGGAGGUGGCCCAGUGCCUGAUUCCUCAGGGCUGGGGUAGCGCAGGAGCCGGACGCGCUGCGUGAUUGCCGGCAGAGCAAAAGGGAGCCGGGAGAGGCCGGCAGAGCCUUGUUAGCCCAGCGCAGCCGAUUGCUUUUUUUGCACAGGAGCCAGCGGAGGAGCUAGGGGUGAGCGGGACCCUUUGGGGAGAGCCCGAGAGUGCUGGGCAGGAGCUGGAGGGGAUCUGCUCCCGCAGCAGGGGACAUUCCCAGUGCCACCCGCCAGCGCUGCACGCUAAAACUCGCAGCUGCUGGGCUCCCAUGGGGCGAGGAAGCACCCAGCAGCAGCAGCCCGGCUUUUAAGGCUAAAUUACCAAACUAGAGCAUUUUAACGGGAAGACACUAAUUAUCCAUGGAGGAAACUGGGGUGCGGGGGGAGUUUCUGUCUCUUAUGUGGCCGGGGGAGCGUGGGGAGGGACUUGGGGCCACGGCCCCCACGCCGGGGGGGGCUCCGGCGGACGUUUUGCCUUACACACCGCCCUGUCCCACGCUGGCACCGGGCGGGAUUCCCUCUUCCCACACAGUCUGAGGGGCGCUGGCAUUAACUGUAGUCACCGAUCCGUGUGUACGUUCUAAAACGCUUGUACGACAGGAGGAGGGUGGGCUCUGAACCCUCUCCCCUCUUAACGGUUUUGGGGUUCAUUUGGGGUUUGUUGGGGUUGUUUUUUUUUUUUGUUUAUUUUCUAUGAAGAU